GAUUCAGAAGAAGAGAUUGAUGCAUUUCACGAAAUUAAGAAUAUAUUAAGUCAGUCAUCCGACAAAUUUACGUGAUCGCGCGGUAAUCUGACAUAAAUGCUACAAAUUACGAAAAAAACACUACACAUCUCUCCUUUGUAUAUAAUUGAUUAAUUGUUUAUUUGAUUAUAUUAUGAAAAUUUACUAGUAUGUUUAAAUAACCGUAAAAUACGAUAUCGCACGUUCAUAUAAAUAUAACUUAUGCAUGUGACUUGUAUGCAUAUGUAACUUUAAAAUAUGGGUUAUUAUUGCGCUUGGGGAGACGCAAAGAUGUGUAGUUCCGAAGAGGAAGGUUAUGAAUAUCGUACCUCUGAUAGCAGAGAAAAGAGGAGAAAUCGCCUUACGGACACUUUCGGCGAAAUUUCUUCCGGUGCAGUUUUACCGAUAUCGGACGAUGCCGAUCGGCAAUUCUGGGCGGAAGACGAAUUGAGCAACUCGGAAUCGCGACAGAAAUUAACCGCGAGAAAAAAGCGUCGGCAUAGUGUUUCCUAUAGGAAUCGCACCGUGAACAGAAGCCGAUCUUGCGCUCCCAAUGCCUCGAAUUCUAGCUCCGAUUCGAUCUGUACGAGAGAGCCGGAAGUUUGCAAAAUGCGAAAAUGUUGUCGGCGACAGAAGCCGAAGACAAAAAAAUUACAAUCUAUCAAUACAGAGAAAGAUUCGAGUACAAGUAUCGAGAAAAGAAUCUGCACAAUGAACGAAGUAUUCUCUCCGGAUUGUCAAACUGCAUCUACUUCUAAUAAAAAAUCAACUAAUUUGCAUUGUGAAUAUCAUCGGAUGAACUCGUCAUACAGAAAUCAUCGUAAACGAGCGAACGAAAUGAUACGAAAAAAAAUCGGAUUGCAAAAGAUGCGCGGCCCAUCUAACAAUAAUAAUAAGUAACGUUCCAGUGAUUACACCUAUAGCCAAGAAACUUUUUUACAGAAACGUAAGCCUUGAAAAUAACUGAGGUUCUAUGUAUUAUUUUACUCAA